AAUGAAGAAGAACAAUACUCAUCUCUACCUGGCUGCUUCACCAGGGUUAGAGGUUCAAGAAGCAUUGAAGGAAGGUAUAGCAGCAGCUAUCAUGAACAUCCCAGAGACAGCAGUGGAAGUGUCAGAGACUCAGCUGCGUGUUGACUUUGAUGGUGAUGCCGUCAUCUUCUCUGAUGAGUCGGAGAAUGUUUUCAGAGAUCAUGGACUGGCAGCAUUCCUUGAGCACGAGAAGAAAAAUGUUGACGUGCCAAUGAACGAUGUAUGGAUAGUGACAAAUUAAUUUAUAAAUAAAUAUGAUACAUU